AUGAGACCAUUUUCCACAUAUGAAGAGUUCCGCAACUGCUACAGAACUGAAAAGCUGGACCUUUUGAUGCUUUUUCGAGACACUGCGCGCGGACCAGAGGCCGCACUCUACCGCGACCCGUCGGAGAACGUUGAGGCGCCCGAAGGACUUAAAAAGAGUGGAGCAUGCGGCGCCCUGGAGCCGGAGUGUCUACAGCCCCUGGAGCGAGGCUCGUGCGACAAGCUGCACGGCCGCUUCUUCUACAACGCCACUAGUCGCCAGUGCCAGGAGUUCUUCUGGCUAGGAUGCGCCGAGAACGCGAACAACUUCGAGAACCGCGAGGACUGCGAGAAGGAGUGCCAGCACGAACCUGGUCGGCGCAGUGCGAUCUGCUACCGGCGUCCACGGCGGGGCAACUGCAAGGCCAUUCACCGGCGCUGGUUCUUCAACUACCGCACGCUCAUGUGCGACCGCUUCCUCUGGGGAGGCUGCGACACUAACGGCAACAACUUCCACACCCGGCGAGACUGCCGCGUGGCCUGCUCAAUUGAUACUAACAUGCCGUGA